ACUGAGAGUGAGGUCAUUCCACUGCAGUGCUCCAGGUCCAGCCACUACUGGGGCUCAGGGACGACCCAGGAGUGAUCGGGACGACCUCCCAAUGUCUCUGGACCACUUCCGCAAACCUAGUCAACCUGCUGCCGGGACCACUGGCCAUCAGGAGGAUGGAUGGUGUGAUGGAUACACUCUGCCUCACCCUGUGUGGAGUGAGGAGGAAUUGAACUCUGUCCAGAUCACUCACACUCCUCCCGAGAAACCUGUUGACACGGCUGCCUAUUACUCUGUGCAGAUGCUGAGGACGGGGUUUGAUCUGUUGUCUGGGUAUUCGUGGGGCAAGAGGUUUGGUACACUGGAUGAGAAGAUGUGGCUGUCAAGAAUCAUCUAUCUUGAGACAGUGGCCGGAGUA